AUGGAUACCCCACCCCCAGACACCCACCCCACCCCACCCCAACCCGGCCACCACCCCUAUCCCAUCACCCCCAUCCCAACCUUGCGCUUGACCACUGUUAACGUUUUGGUGUCUGCCGAGGUGUCUUCUCUAACCCUGGCUUUUCUCUCCUACGACCGCUACCGCCUCAUAGUGUAUCCGAUCAAGACACUCCAGCGGCGGUCACCCAUGGCCCUGCUGAAAAUCUUCCUCUGCAUCUGGUUAGUGUCUUUCAUAACGCAGAUUCCCACUGCACCAGCUGCGGGUCUGACACCAGAGGGCGCAUGCUCUGAAUACAUUGCUACCUGGGGACAGGAGUACUUCUUCAGCUACAUUCUAGCCUCUCUGUACAUCAUCCCUUUCGGCGUCAUCGUCAUCUGCUACCUCCAGAUAGGCCGGAAAAUGCUGGAAGUCGGCCCGCCGAGCAGCAUGAAGGCCCACCGGCGCAGGCGAAGUGUCAACAUCAUCCUGGGAGUCAUCGUGCUGUAUGCCCUCUGUUGGAUACCAGUCCACAUCGUUCACAUGUGGAUGGCCUUUGACCCGAAAGUCAAUGCCAGGAGCCCGCUGUACGUGGAGCUGCAUACCGCCGCCAACGUCUUGAUUUUCUUCAACAGCAGCGUCAACCCGUUCGUGUACGCCCUCAUCGGCCCGUCGUUUCGCAGACACAUCAGGUUGAUUGCGGUCUCUCUAGCCAAAUGUCAACCUAGGGUUGCUUUUGCCGACCAGAGGAGUGAGAGUAAUCAGAGCCUGUACGGGGCCAAAAACGCACCCGCAUCAUCGGGAGCUCCAGAUCCCAAGACACCGGAAAAUUCGAUCCCCGGUACAUCCGACAAUGCAUGCAACGGUGUACACGAAUCGACUUGGCUUUGAGGUUAUUGCCACCGUAUAGUUGCACACAUAUUUCUGUAUGAGAUGGCAUUCAAGUGAACUGCCUGAACACUUUGCACUAUCUGCACUGACCUCACUUCUAAAAACAUUCCUACUGGUGUGUGACCGAUACUUACCUUGACGAAACUUUUCACCUCUGAGUUAUGUUUACUUUUUGCUUCUGUAUAGCAUCCGCAAUUGGUGCACUUUUAAGCCUUGCUGGGCAUACGUUUAGUGAGGCUUCACGGCGUGAACGCACUCUUUUGGUACACUGUAGUUGGGCAAAAUGGGUUGAUAAUUCGACCAAUGCUGGUCAAAUUAUCAACGGCCUACACUGGCCUUUACUUUCAGUUUUUACCCAAUGAUAGCCACAAAAUGGUUUCACAAAUGUUCAUCUUUGUACGAGUGCUCCGAGUUCCCCACAUGUAUUUUAGAUUUGUGGAAGUGAACGAGUUGCCACAAUCGUUCUCUUUUGUGUCAUGCGAUUUUUCAGUUUCCGUAAAUUGAGAUGCUAGUAGCAAUUUUACAAAGGCCUUUUCCGAGGGUGUUUUUCUGAAGAAAUCAGUGUACCAAAUUUUUUAAAACUCCGACUUUUACAUGCUAAUUUUCCUAUUCGAGGGGUACGGAAGCGCGCCACCAAGGGUCAACUUUCAGGCUCUAUAGCUGGAACAAUUUGGAGUCAUGUGCGAAAUUAAAUUGAAUGCCAUAAUAAAAGGUAGUCUAUGUAAUAUACCCUGGUCCUGGCGAAGCCGACCAUGGCGAUUAAUUAUGCAACUAAACUGCGUAUGACCUCGAAAAACUGAUCAAUCAGCA